AUGAAUCGAAUGCGAUUGCGUAUUGCUGCCCGAUUGAAGGAUGCACAGAACACUUCUGCUAUGCUUACCACUUUCAAUGAGGUUGACAGGAGCAACAUUAUUGAGCUGCGAAUGAGGUACCAGAAAGACUUCAUGAAGAAACAUGGAACCAAACUGGGUCUAAUGUCUCCUUUUGUGCGAGCAGCUGCCUAUGCCCUCCAAGAAACUCCAGUGGUUAAUGCAGUCAUCGAUGAGAAUGAGAUUAUCUACCGCCAUUUCGUUGACAUGUCCAUUGCUGUAGCUACACCCAAAGGAUUAGUAGUACCAGUAUUGCGUAAUGUAGAGCCAAUGAACUAUGCCCAGAUUGAAAAGGAUUUAGCAGCACUCGGAGAAAAGGCCAGGGAUAACAAACUAGCUGAGGAUAUGGAAGGAGGCACAUUUACUAUUCCGAAUGGUGGAGUUUUCGGAUCGGUAUUCGGCACGCCAAUCACCCACCCCAGAGCGCUAUCCUAG